GUUGUUCUGACAGCAGGUGUUCUCCAGAAAAUAACUCGAUCAGAUCCUGGUGAAAUCUUUGUUUUUCGAAAUAUUGCUAAUCAAUUCAAUAUUACAGAUUUAAGUGCGUUAUCAGUAAUAGAAUACACUAUAGAGGAACUUAAAGUUGAUCAUAUAAUAGUAUGCGGCCAUUACGGAUGUGAUAGUGUUAAUGCAUCAAUAAGUAAAGACCAAGAUGAUCACACUGGCCAAAAUGGUUACACUGGCCUCUGGGUGCAAAAUAUCAAAGAGGUUGAACUUAACGUCAAAAAGCAAAUUUACAAUAUUUGUGCCACAGAUAUUGUUCAAAGAGCGUGGAAAAGGGGUCGUAAAGUCUUUAUACAUGGUUUAGUCUACAACAUAGAAACAGGCUUACUUAAAGAUCUUAAUGCUGCUAAUUGCCUUGAGAUUUUGUCUAAGCCUUUAGACUUUCCAGUUGAUGAAAAGAUUAUCAUCCAGCAUAGUGAAUUGCCUCCAGUGACAGAUGAAUUUUCGGUUACAUUGCGAUUCAAGCUUGAGAGUUAUGAUUCAAAUUGGAUUGCUAUCUUUCAUAAAGGUGCAAAACAUGAGAUCCGUACUCCCUCAUUCUGGUUAACACCAACAACUGCAAUUCCACAUGCUCAACUUUCAACAAAUGUUAAAAAUUAUUUUGGAAUUAAUCAUCACAGCAAAAUGCUUGAAUUAAAUAAAUGGUAUCAUCUUGGCUACAUACUUUCAGUACCUCUGAAACGGUUUAAUAUCUAUUUAAAUUGUGAACCAACUACUCCAAUAAGCAUUGAGAACCAAUUCGUUUUAUUCAAUGAUGAUCCACUAAAAAUUGGGCAUUCUCCCGGACACGCAGACUUUAAAGGACAAAUUAG